UCCGUGGGUUUAGUCGCUCGGAGUGUCGUGUAUUCUUCCGUUUGAGCAGCUUCUGACAUUUUUUUCUGUUGCUACAAGAUGUUUACUUGCAUUGACCGUGCGUAUUUAGAUGAAGAUCCGUAUAAUUCCACAUAUAAAAUCGGCAUGAAUCUUACAAGGAGGGAACAAUAACUGGAAGGUACUCGUAGCACUUUGACUCCUGUAAAGGUGUCAUGGAUGAUGAAGAGCGUUUGGAAGGAGAGGAGGAAAUGGAGCUUGAUGAUGCUUCCGAUGGUGAAGAUGAAGAUGAAGAGACCACGGGAAUUCCUUCUUCUCCAGCAAAUUCAGAUCAAUUGUUGGGCCCAGCUCCUUCCCUUGGUAAUCAAACAGUAUAUUCCAUUGUAGUCAAUUCCGAAGAAGCAUUUCCUGAUCCGCUGCGAUACCAAAAGUUUCCACUUCCUGGUGGUAAACCAUUAAGUAUAAGACGUGGCCCUGGUAGACCAAGAAAAGAACGUCCAUAUGGUAUCACUCGUGGUGGAGGCACUCGAAGAUCUUUUGGUAGAGGUACAACAAGGGGUAAAGGAUUCAUGGUUUUUAGGCUUGGGUAUAUGAGGGGUAUACCACGUAGGACAAAAAGUAAAGAUGAUGAUACCCACUCCGAGUCUCCGAGUCCUCUUCGCAUUGGUGAAGACACACCUGAUGGAGAAGGAUUAAAUACAGAAAGAUCUAUGCCUGCCCCGGAAGAACCACCAUACUUUCCAGAACAAUGGCCAGGAAAAGUUUGUGCUCUAUGCAAUUUGGGCGAACGAAGUCAGUUGGGUCAAGGAGAAUUAUUAAGAUUAUCAUGCCCAGAAGGUUUUACUCCUGAAAAAAAUAUCAAUCGGGAAGAGACGACUGAACAACUAAUGGAUGUAUCUGCAGGUGAUAAAAGUCCUCGUGCAGUAGGUCCAGGUGCUGUUACUUGUCGUAGACAAAAAAGUUUGGCUAAGUGCAGAAAUACUAGUCUUACUAACUUUACGGAACCAGUGGAAGAAUUAACUAUAGUUGGGUUUUUGGAAGAGCCAGAGAUAGGAAUAUUAUUUGAACCAACAGGGCAUUAUUAUGUUCAUCAGUCUUGUGCAAUGUGGUCAAGUAAUAGUCAUGAUCUUGCAACUGAACUGAUUAGCCCUGCAAUAGUGCAAGCUUCAUCUCGUCGUUGUGCUUAUUGUUCUCAUUAUGGAGCUGGAAUAGCUUGUAAAGUGGCAUCGUGCAAUCGUUAUUUUCAUUUACCAUGUGCUGCAGCUUCAAGUUGUUUCCAAGAUACAAAAACAUUAUCUCUUUUUUGUAGUCAACAUUUGGGACAAGUUCCAUUAUUAUUAAAUGGUGAUGUUACAUGUAUGCACUGUUAUGGAAUGGGAGAUGUUUCUAACCUAGUAAUGUGCUCUAUAUGUGGACAACAUUAUCACGGUAGUUGCGUUGGUUUGGCCCUUUUACCUGGAGUACGUGCUGGUUGGCAAUGCAUAUCCUGCCGUGUAUGUCAGGUUUGUCGUCAAUCUGAGGAUGCUUCAAAAAUAAUGUUGUGUGAGAGAUGUGAUAAAGCGUAUCAUUCUGGUUGUUUACGACCAAUUGUAACAUCGAUACCUAAAUAUGGGUGGAAGUGUAAAUGUUGUAGAGUGUGUACGGAUUGUGGCUCGCGUACACCUGGUGCAGGACUAUCGUCACGUUGGCAUUCUCACUAUACUGUUUGUGACUCGUGUUACCAACAAAGGAACAAGGGUUUCUCUUGUCCGCUUUGCAGAAAAGCAUAUCGAGCAGCUGCAUAUAGAGAAAUGGUACAGUGCAGCGUGUGUAAAAAAUUCGUUCAUGGUACCUGUGAUGCAGAGGCUGAUCCAACAACUUAUCAGCAUCGCAAAGAAACUAAACCUGACUAUGAAUAUGUUUGCCUUCAUUGUAAAAGUGCGGCUAUUGUAAAAAGAAAAGACAAUGUUGAUGAUUAUACAGGUGACUUUAGUCUUAGCGGAUCGCAAGAAAGCUUUUACGGAGAUGGGGAUUCAUCUGAGGUUGAUUAUCAAGGAAGUUCAGAAGAAGCAUUAUUUUCUAUUGGACUUGGAAAAGGAAAACCUUUUUGUGCGUCUAAAAUCGCUAAAAAAAGAUUAGGCCUAGGAGGAGCCUUGAUAGGUAGACCAAAAGGUGUAGGAAAACUUGGCUAUCAAAAACGUCAAAAAAUGAAUGAAUUUGGUAGAAAAAGAGGUCCCAAAGCUAAGAUGAGAGGUAUUUUCGGAGUACCAGGAGUAGGAUUGCAGAGACCAAGUUCAGAUUCUUUUUCAAAAGAAGAAGAACCAGGUGUAGAAAAUAGAUUAGUAUUAUGCUCUGCAAAAGAUAAAUUUGUUUUAACUCAAGAUAUUUGUGUUAUGUGCGGUGCGAUAGGAACUGAUCAGGAAGGAUGUUUAAUUGCUUGUGCACAAUGUGGACAAUGUUAUCAUCCUUACUGCGCUAAUGUUAAAGUUACUAAAGUAAUAUUGCAAAAAGGUUGGCGGUGCCUUGAUUGUACAGUAUGCGAAGGUUGCGGCGAAAGAAAUGAUGAAAGUCGUUUAAUAUUAUGCGAUGAUUGUGAUAUCAGUUAUCAUAUCUAUUGUAUGGAUCCACCAUUAGAUUAUGUACCUCAUGGAACAUGGAAAUGUAAGUGGUGUGCACAGUGCCAAACAUGUGGUACAAAUGAUCCAGGAUUUAACAGCAGCUGGCAAAAAAAUUACACCCAAUGUGGUCCAUGCGCAUCUCAUAUUGCAUGCAUAUCUUGUCAAGAAGCUUAUAACGAAGGAGAUCUCAUAAUACUGUGCAUUCAGUGUGAGAGAUGGUUACAUUGUACAUGUGAUUCCAUUAAAUCGGAAGCAGAUGCAGAAAAAUGUGCCGAAGAAGGAUAUAUUUGUAUACUUUGUCGUCCGAGAGACAUACUCCCACCACAUCUUAUGUGUAACCAAUCUAAGCUCCAACCAAACAAAUAUUCAUGUUCACCACCACCAACUGUGCGAAGUCCCGAAUUAUACAAACCAUCUUCUCAAAAUUAUUUAGUAGAUGGUGUAUAUUUAUCCGAGACUGGCAUGAAUCACAUUAAAUCUUUAACAUCGGAACAUCAACAACCGAGGAAAAAAAGAAGAAAAAUGAUUCCCGUGGUAGAUAAAGAUGCAGAUAUAAUGGCCACGAUAGAAUCUGUUGUGGCUGGUGGUAGUUUAGACAAUUCCUUAGAAGAUAAUGGAAAAAUGGUGGAUCUAGUAGAUGUUAAAGAUGAACCUACUGAAAUACUUAAAGAAGGUAUGGUAUGGAAUCCACGUGGAGAUCAACCUCCACCGGAAGGAUUCAGUAUUUAUACGACUGAAAAUGGCAUACCAGUUUUAAGACGCAAACGCCAACGUAAUUUACAAAAGCUUGGCAUUGGUGGAUUCAUUGUCAGAUUAAGAGGUAAUCGUAAGGAUAAAGAGGAGGAAGGAGAUUCUGAAAAAAUAUCUGAUUCAGUAAUGGCGGGAAUGGUAGAUGACAAGCCACGUAGAAAACCACAGAGACGAAAACCAAAGACAAAAUUAUCCGAAUGUUUUCCCCUCUAUAUGCAAGAGGCAUUCUUUGGCAAAGAGCUUUUGGAACUGACCAAAGAUAAAGAUCCUGAAAAUAAUGGAUCCGAUGGUGAAAGUAAUGUUGCUACCACUAAUGCAGAUACUAUUCAAUUAUCGCAAGAUGAAUUGAAAGUAAUGGAACAAGUUAAAGCUAAGCAAGAAAAAGAGGAAGAUAAAUUGCCAAUGGAACAACCAAUAAAACGAGAAGAAAUCAUGGAAGAUGAUGGUAGUGAUACAGAAGCACUCCAUGAUAUAUUACCUAUUUCUGGUGAUAUUCUUGAUAGUGAUCUUGUAAAUACUAUUAUGAAUGAACCAGACGAAGAAUUAGCUAAAGCUAGUGAAGCUUUGGACGAAUUAGACGACACGCAAGGAACUACUAAGGACGAAUUAACAGACAUUCUUAGUCCUCAUUUUAAUUUAGAAUCUAUGGUCCGAGAUAUUGGUUUACCUAAUAUGGAUAGUAAAGAUAUUGAAGACAUAUUCAAAGGAGUUCUUACAGAUGAAUCACAAGAAUCACAAGAAUCAUCAGUGUUUUCAGUUCAAGCUCAACCUCCACAUCCAGCAUCUUCCUCGACACCUCUUGUUUCACCUUCACCACAUCCUGGUAUGCAAACAACUUUACCUCUUGCAAGACCGCAAGUACCUGGUACAUUACCCCCAGUUGGGCAAUCUAAUUUAAAUUCUCCUAUGAGUUUUCCACCACCAUCGCCAUAUCAUUCGGAGUACAGCAAUAGUCCACAAUUUAGCCCAGCAUUCUCGGAACCACCAAGUCCUUGGGUAAAUCCUGACGAUGAAGGAAGUGCUCCAGUGAGUGGUGGUACGUCAUCGUACAACCAAAGAACUAAUCUUAAAAUGGAGACUGAUGAAGGAUUAGGUAAUGGAGCAACAAUAUCUUCAGUACUUUAUGCAAAUAUAAAUCAUCCCGAAUGGAAAACGGAAUAUCCUGCUUGGUCUGAAAGAUGUAAACAAAUUUUAAAAAAGUGGCGUGGUCUAUCUACUGAAAAGAAAGCUCCUUAUCUAAGUCAAGCAAGAGAUAACAGAGCAGCAAUUCGUAUGAAGAAAACACAACAGAUAUCCAAGGAAUUACCAAGCACGACCCCAGUCACUGCAUCAAGCGCACCUACCAUCAUCACCAAACCUGUCACUGCUAUGACAUCAGCUCAAGUUUCUCCAGUAGUAGCUAUGGCCUCCAACCAAAGGCAAAUUGGACUUUUGACUUCAGUGAGCAGUGAAAAGCCGCAAGAAAAGAGUGGAAUGUCCGUAUCUGCAGCAGGAGUGACGGUGCCAUCAGCUAGCAGUAAUCAUCAUGCGGAGGAACAAGAAAGACUUUCCAAUAGAGACCGUUCUAGUAGAGAAGCAGAACAAGAGCGUCAAUGGAAACAACUGCAAGCUCUACGUCAACAACAGGCACAAUUUCAACAGCAAGUAAUUCAAGAACAACGUGUACAUGCUAUAGCCAGAGUACAAAGACAAAUAAGCGAAGACAAUACUUCACAAUUAGGUACUGAUAAUUCAACUGGAUUAACAACACAACUACAAGUUUCAACAUCACAGGAGAAUAAUCAUUUAGGAUCACUUGCUUCCCCAUCCCCUGGAUCACGUGGUACCUUUGCAGCACCACCAGUUAAAGUAACAAGAGGGGUAGCUCCACCAAGUCCUCACCAAGGUAUGCCGCGUUUACCAACACAGCCUUGUGCAACGGUUACACGUCCAGUUGGAACCGUGGUUAGGCCAGGCAUGCCAAACAAUUUCACGCAACCGCCUUCUCCUUUCUCACCCCAAGCUCCUCAAUCUCCUCAUGAUUUUCCACAGUCUCCAGCUUCCUCUCAAUCUCAAGAUCAUUUUCAACGGUUCGAUACGAACGAGGCUUUCUCUCAGGCUUCCCAAACAGCUAGGUCACAAAUAUCUGGUAAACCUUCGUAUUCUACGUCACCAAGAAAUGAAGUUUUCUCACAGCCACCAGGUACACCAAGACCAAUGUUUAAUCCACCUACACCGCGACCCACUACUCAUGUAUACGCUCCAUCUCGUACUCCUGAUCCCUAUAGUAAUCAACCACCAACACCAUCACCUGUUCCAAACUACCCCUCGCCAAGAUCAGAAUCUCGGCAAGAGCCACAACAGCAAGAAGUAUUUAAUCAACAACCAGAAGUUAAUAGGCAGUUGCGUGAUCUUCUCCAAAGACAACAACAAUUCAAGAAAAUUGAUUCUGUCAAUGCUUCUUGGAAUCCAGAUGGACAAAAUCCUGAUGGAAAUCAACCACAAUUCGAAACAGGUCAUGUACAACUUCAGCAACAUUCUCAAUCCAAUAAUAAUACUGGGGAAGGUACAUUUAGGCAUCCUCUUCCACCAAGUGUCGUAAGACCACGAAUGCCACUUCAACAAAAUAUUUUAAUAAGAAAUCCAAUUGGAAUAACUUCGAGGCUCCCUGUUACGGGAAAUAUGGAUGCGAGACUUCAACCCAUAGAUUCUCGCACUAGAAUGUUACUGCAACGAUCGCAGGUGAAUGCAAGUAUUUCGCAACAGCAUUUUCAAGGUACGCAACCCUUACAAACUCGGAUGCAAACUGUUAGAAAUACAUUGUCGGAACCUUAUGAUGUACUCCAGCAACAAAGAUUUCCAGGACAAACUCUUGGUCAACGUAUGAUACGGCCAGGUCAAGAUAAUUUAACUCAGGGGAUGCGUAUAUUAGGAGCACAAACAUUGGUUAGACCUAAUCUUAUGCAAGCAACUGUUAAUGAAACUACUAGCACUCCAGAAUCAUCAGAAAUUCCAGAUAAUGUAACUGCUGAACUUGAGAAAUUAGAGCAGGAAGAAGAAGCACCAAUGGUCGAAGUCGAGGUCGAGGGCAUGAAUGCAAUGUUAAAUGAUUUGGUCGAAGAUGAUGAUGAACUCCUUGCUGAAAUGGGUCCAAAUUUUAAUAUUUUGGAAUACGCUGACCCUGAAUUAAACAAUAUAACUGGAGGUGACAAAACUAAUAUUCUCGAUUUGGAAUUGGAACAAGUUGAAGUAGAAACGAAAGAAGAAAAACAGAAAAAGGAAUCGAAGGAAGAAGAACACAAAUCGGAAGAUUUGGCUGGAACAGGUAGAGUACUGACUGGUAUUAGUGACAAAUGUACAGGGAACACUGUGCAAACAUCGACUGAUACAACUGCAAUACCAACACAAGUACAACCGAUGGCUCCUUUGAGCGCAACUCCGCAAGUACCUCAACAACAACCGGCUAUUUUACCUCAAACGCAUUCUCCUGCUGUUGCUAUACAACAACAAAUGCAUCAGCAUUUACAACAUGCAGCGGCAAUUGGACGACCUAUGCCACCAGGAACUCGAUUGUUAUCUCCGGAUGGUGCUGUCGGCGUUGUCACAUCGACCAAUACGGUUACAGUCAGUUAUCCUUCAACAUUUCCUGGUCAUCCUCAAAGAAUAUCACAAACGCAUAUACAAGACAAUUUUAUUAAAUUGCUUAUAGUUGCUCAACAACAGCGUAUUGGUAUGAGGGUUGCUGGAGUCCAAAAUGUUGCUGGUCGAGUCGUAACAGUUAAUCACAUGAUAGGACCACGUUUACCACUUGCACCUCCACCACCACCGCCGCCUCCACCACCACCUUACCCAGGACCACCGCCACCAUAUCCUGGUCCUAUACAGAUGGGGCUGUGCCCAGGUGGGCGGGGUUUGACGCGGCCCCCAGUUCAUAUAGGGCACACAAUGCCAGUGGCUGGUCCACCAAUGGCCCCAGUGGUUCAUUCUGGUGCACCUGCAAUGGCACCUCACCCUCAUCGAAGACCCUUGCUUCUGCAGUCAUGUUCGCAGGAGCAACCAUUGCUAUUAGAGGAUCUUUUGGAACAAGAAAAAAGAGAGCAAGAAAAGCAACAGCAGCAACAGCAACAACAGCAACAACAACAAGUUGAUAACACAUCUUCUAGUGGAAGUCUUUUAAGCGAUAGUGACUUUGAGAGAUUGAGAGCAGACGUUUUAGGCUCUGCUCCAUUAGCAUCCCCUCCUCAAGGAAUGGUACCAGUGCCUGGAGGUAUUCCUGUUAUUAGACCACCAUGUACACCAAGACCACCAUCUGCACCAGGAAAAAAUUGGCCACAAGCAGUUCCAGACGCGGCAAAGAUUGCAGUUCAAGUACCCAGACAACCAAUUUCUACGCAAACAACACCUGAACCAAGGGUAACUACAUUCCAUUUAGCUCAAUCACAAGUACCGCCGGCUCCACCAGAUAAUAUAGUAAACGAGCAAGACCGUCAAAUUCAAAUUCAAUAUGAACAGUGGUUAACUCAUCAACAACAAUUAUUAUCUUCACAACAAAAGUUUUACGAAACGGAAGUCCAGAAGCUGCGCAAAGUAAGAAAAUCUCUUAAUAGCAAACAACGACAACUUCGGAAAUCUGGAAAUGAAUUAACAGAAUCUGAUGCUAAUGAACUUCAAAGAAUUUCGGCUGAACAAGCAGUAUUACAAAAACACUUAGAUGCUAGUAGAAAACAAUCGAGACAACAUGGAAUGUUGAUACAAGAAUAUAAUACUAAACAGCAACAAAAACAAUCUCAGUCACAAAAUAGUGAACCUUGUUCACCGUUAAUGUCUCCUUCCCAACAUUCACCAAUGCAUAGUCCGGCUGCACUUGUUUCUCAAAGUCCAGGUCCUGGAAGUGUCUCUGCAAAUAUGAUACAACAUUCACCAGCUACAUCAAUGGUACAACAUAGUCCUAAUCCACCAUUAUUGCAACACAGUCCUGGUAAUCCACAAACAGCAAAUCCAGGAACGAUGUCCCCUCAUAAUAUGCAACCAUCUCCAAGAAUCGGAACGCCUCAUUCGCAAGGCGAGGAAAAUCCUUUCAGCCCAGGUGCUAUGUCAUCUCCAGGCAUUUGUGGCCCCGCAGCUACUAGAAUGACUUCACCACAACAUCGUGCUGUUAUAACAGGACGACAUGUUACGAGUCCAGGUUCUUUCACAGCUGAAGUACGGAACUCUCAGCAAAUGAUUGUAGAACAAGGAGCUAGAUUGCAUGCACUUACUCAACGAUUCGUUCGUCCACCAGUAAUAGGAGAACCUGGUCAAAGACCAAGAAUGCAAAUACAAGGAGGAAUAGUAUAUGGUCAGCGUUCUCCGCUUGGAAGUCCUCAACCCAAUCAGCAAUCAUUAAUGACUCAACAAAUGCUACAACGACAACAAAUUUUGCAGCAACAACAACAGCAACAACAGCAACAAAUUUUGCAGCAACAACAACAGCAACAACAGCAGCAACAACAACAACAACAACAGCAGCAGCAACAGCAUGAUAUAAAUAAUGUAACUCAAGAUAAUCAGAAUGCUAUAAACCGUAACUUACAAAUGGUACAACAGAGGCAACAAAUAAUACAACAGCAACAAAGACAACAAUUUUUACAAAUGCAGCAACAGCAACAACAACAGCAUGGAGCUGCUAUGCAAAAACCUCCAAAUUCUCCCAUGGUAUCUCAACCUGCAAAUUCGCCAAGUCCACAACUUCAUCAACAGAUAUCUCAAAAUUAUGGGCAACCACCAAGUUCACCAAUGCCACGUAGUCCUAUGGUACAGCAAACGAUGGGUUCGCCUAUGCUUCAACAACAAUUAAGUCAAACUUCUCAGCCUCCAAGUCCAAUGAAUACAAGAAUGCAUACACAUCCACCUACGUCUCCGAUGGUUGCUCAAUGCCAACCACCUAGCCCUAUGGCUCGUAAUCAUCCAUCAACGUCACCGAUGUUACAGCAUCAACUUAAUAAUUCGCAUCAUCCACCACCACCAUCGCAAACACCAAAUUCUCCAAUGCCUCGUAGUCCGAUGGUUGGUGGCUCUCCAAUGCAAAUGCAAAGACGACAAUCUACUGGUAAUAGUCCAGCAAUGCCUGAUAGACCGCAAAGUGUUGAAAAUCCUGGAACGCCAAGAACACCACAUACUCCUCAUACACCGCAUCCAGUUUAUGUCUCUCAAAAUUCAGGUAACGCUAUAAUGUCAAAUGAUCAACAGCAGCAGCAGCAGCAGCAACAACAGCAGCAACAACAGCAGCAACAGCAACAACAAAUUUCUCAACAUCAGCAACAACAACAACAACUUUCUCAACAUCAGCAUCAACAAGAACAGACAUCUGUAGAUCAUACAAAUAGAGGAGGUGGAAAUCCACAUAACCCAAUAAGUUCAUUACCAUUCAUACCUAAUUUUGGAAGGUACGGGUUUUUUAAACUUGGCCUAAGAGGUGGUUCUCCAAUGUGGUCAAAACCAGAAACUAGUAAAGGCAAAACUGCAGAAUCUCAUCUGUUGAAUAUGGAUGAAAAACCUAAUACAUCAGCCGUACAUAGGAAAACAGGUAUACCGCAAUCAAAAAUUAAUUCUUUAGUUUGUGCAGAUUAUAAUGAUUUUGACGAUGAUUCUCAUACACCACCUCAAACGCCACCAACAUCUACAGAAUUAAAACAGACGCCGUCGUUACCUGACAAUGGUCCAUUACAAUUAGGAAGCCCAAGUGAUAAACUUGAACCUAUUCAUGAUACUAUAGAUUAUGACGAUGAUAAGACAAUAGUUAACACCGAGGUAACUCUAAGUUCAACAGCCCAACGGGACAAUGAUGACAUUACUGUCAUAGAACAAUUUGGAGAUUCAGAAUUAGUUGAUGUUAUGACAAGUGCGCUUGAUAGUGAUAUGCCGGAAGAGUAUGUACUUUUUGAACCUGAUGUGGUUGUGGAUUUAUCUGCUGAUAGUAACGAUUCUCUCUGUCAUGCACUUGUUAAUGACGGUAGUCAAGGACAUGAUUUGGUACAAAUUUUGGAAAUUGAAAAUCCAGAAUCUCAAACUGACGAACCUGUAUUAAGUGACGAAGAUCUUGCGCCUUCACAUACGAGAAAUAAAAAAGGUUUAAGAUUAGACAUUGUAAGGACACUUGAUUCUGGAAAACGAUUAUUGGCAGUAACAGAUACACCAGAGUCCCCUGACCAAGAUGAACUUCGUGUAGAUCCAUCACCUGGACCAUACAUGGAUCACUCACCAGAUCAAGAUCUUAUGGUAUCCUUGGAUAGUGAAUCAGAGGUUGUUAUUAUUGACCAUAGUACGAAAUCACCUGAAGAUAAUUUCUUUAAAGAAUCUUGCGAAGAAGAGAACGACAAAGUAGAUUCUACAAAUAAUUUAGAUGUAUCUAAAGAAAAUCUUAUGAAAGAAUCUUCAAACGAGGAUCAAUCAGAAUCUCAAAAGGAAACAAAGCAAACAAAAAGCCCUACGGCAUUCACAUUUCCAGAAAGUGUAACAUACAGUCAAAUUCCUCCUUCUAGUUUACAUCAGACAAAUAUUGAUUUACCAGUUAGUUGUUUGUCUACAAUUAUGUUUACAACAUGUACAACAACUGAAACAAAUGCAGUAACAGUAACGACAACAGUAGUAACAUCGGAUACAACUGCUAAAUCAUCUACGACAUUUCCGACUGUAUGCGUGACAAAGGAACAAAUAACAAGUUCACCGAGUACUCAAAGACAAACUACUUUAUCAUCGAAUAUGACGACUAUUGUAGCGGAUGCUAAAAUAGCAGCUAAACUUAAUCAAGCAGUUUUAGAAAAUAUAACCGUUACUUCACAGCAAUCCAAGUCUGAAUCUAAUACAUUAAGAACGAUUACUGUAAAUGAUACAAUUGUAUCAACUACGUACAUUAUAAAAGAAAAAGUUUCAAUUUCAACACCUACCACGCAGCUUGAAUGUAACAGUUUUGUGCAAAAUGUGAACGUAAAUACAACAGAAGCAACAAGUAAUCCUACGAAAUUAUUAUUAAGUGUUCAACCUACAUCAGUUACUUUAUCAAAACCAAAAAUGUCAAUACUUGAUUUACCUAAAAAAAAUAUUGUCGUAGUAACAUCAAAGGAUGAUAAAAUUGAAUUUAAUAGGGACACUGGAAAAGGAAAAAGUGAAAGAGACGAAACGGAUCAUAUGGAAAAAAAUCAAGAAAAAGAUAAUCUCGUCUCUAAAGUAGAUAUUAAUUCAACUACAGUUCCAGAUACAAUACUUUCAGAUGAUAAAAAGAAUGAUCCAUUAAAUACAACUGAUGAAUUAGAAAGUAUGUUAGAAGCUAUUCAUAAUCCUGCUGAAAAUAAUAUGACGGGGAAAAAGAAUGCACAUCCGGAUGAAAAAUCAAAUGUUUCUACAUUGAAAAGAAUGUCACCUGUUGCCGAUGAUUUGUCUCUUGUAAAUAUUCUAGAAAAUGAUACUGAACCAGCUGUUGAUAAUGACAAUAAACAAGAUAGUACAGACACGGAAGUAGUCAAAGUAGACAAAACUAAGGAAAUGGUAAAACAACCUACUACUACUGCUACUACUACUACUACUACUACUACAAUUACUACUGCUACGACUACUACUACUAUUACUACUGCUGCUACUACUUCUUCUACUUCUACUACUUCUACUACUUCUACUAUUACUACUACUACUACUACUACUGAAGCAAGCAGCACUGAUACCAGCACUAAUCAAAUUAUAAAUGAUGUCAAUCAAGAAGAACAUAAAGAGAAUAAAGACAAUGUAUCUUGUAUAGAAAUGGAAUCUAACAAACCAUAUUUAGAGCAUUGUCUUAAUGAAGAAAGAAAUUUAAUGGAAGAGUCUUCAGAUGAUAUAUUAGACAUGCUCCAUAAUAUAAUAUCUUCUAAACCAGAGAUGGCAAAUAACGAUAUUCUUCAUGAAGACAGAUCUAGAAAAUCGAGUCUUAUAUAUCAAUUACCAACACCAUUGGAUACGUUACCUCUUAAUAUUUUACAAGAUUCAUUAUUGGAUUUAGAGCAAGAAAAUUUAGAAAAUGAAAAUUUAUCUUCAGAAAGUAAAAUGUCGCCUAAGCCUCAAAAAACAAGUCCAUCACCUACAGGAUCUGUGUCUAAGAAAAGUCCACCACAUCACACUCUCCCGUUAGUUGUGAGCACAGUAGCUCAAUUACAAAAAUGUACAACUACAGUACCUCAUCUUUCUCCUUUAUCAAAGCCUACAGAGCUUACAUCAAACGUGGCCAAUGUAUCACAUCAAUUGAGAACAUUACUUUCUUCUUUACAGACAAAUCAUUCUCAAAACUGUACCACCAGUCAACCUACGAUCGUUACCAUGGUGUCCUCGGUAAUUUCAGCACCGAAAGUUGGAACAAUCUUAUCCACAAGUACAUCUUCUCCGAAUUCUGUUAAUAAUACACAAUCUAAUUCGAAUCUUCGUUUGCAGACAUGCAUGACACCGUCUCCUCAUGCGAAUACGAAUAAAGCAGAUAUUGAAACUACAACUACUACCACUUACACUUCACAGGGUAAAGAAAGUACAAACUCUACAGUCAGUGUUAUUUCAAGUCAUUGCAAAGUAACAACUUCUGAACCAUUUCUACGAGUAACUUCAAGUGGAAUUCAAUCGCAACCAACAAAUUGUCUUACAUUGCAAACUUCUUCUGUAGUAACUUCUAGACAACCAACUAAUACUGGAAUAUCUAUUACCUCAAACGCAAUGUUAAAUGCUAUGUUAUCUAAUACAAAUUCAACGAUCGCUGGAAAUAGAGCAAACACUGUUCCUACACAGGUCAGUAACUUAUUAAGUUCAGCUGUGCCAUCGCCAUCUGUACAAAGAACACAAAAUUUGCAAGCAAGCUCAAAUAGUUCAUCUAUAACUUCUCGCAUUGCUGCUAAUUCUACUCCGACGGCGAUAAGUACAUCUAUGCAAUGUAUAAGAACUAUUGUACCACCUACAGUAACGUCUAGUACAAGCAACGUUAACGUUACUACCAGUAUAUUACAAUCUACAUUGUCUCAAACUCCAACACUUUUACAAGCUCAGCAUAGUUCUGGGCAAACUUCAUAUAAGACUGCAGGUCUUUUACCUAUUGACAAUAAGAAUAAUGAAUUGGAAGGAUUAGGUCAGAUUUCUGCUGUGAAAAAAGAACAAGACGAGACAAGUUCUAAACUGCAAAUAAGCAGUGAAAAACCUAUUACAACAAGAAACGAAUUAGAAACUGGUAAAGUUAAUUUGACAACAAAUUCUCAUAGAAUGGAGGAAUCUCAAAAUGUAUUAUUAAAACAAUUAUUACAAAAUACGGUAUGUCCAGCAUUACCACCAGUACCAGUUAGUACCUCACAAGGACCAACUUUGCCUUCGGUACCAUCAUUGGAAGCACAAUUGGCAACGCCAGUUCCACCUACUUUGUCUUAUCGAAUACCACCGAUGGUAAAUGAAACACCAACUAUCAAAUCUCCUGCUAACAAACAAGUUCUCGCAAGAGAGACUUCGUUUUUAUCGCAUUCGGUUACUCCUCUUAAAGUUCAAAGUCCACCAACAAAGGAAGAACCACCAAAGCCGCCUCCGCCGCCACCCCCACCACCUCCACCACCAUUAGCAACAUCUACACCAACCCUGACCCAACAAAGACCCAUUGAUAUAAUGGUAAAGCAACAAACAACAAACCAGACAUCAAAACUUGCGUCUACUACUACACAAGCAAAUCAACAACUCACACUUGCUCCAACUGUGAAACAAGUAGCACCAGUAACAACAAAAAAUUGUGAAGUAUUAUCUUCAUUACAACAGGAUUCUAAUACUAGCCAACCUCAGAUAAAAACAUCUAAUGACCCUGCUAUCACAAGUACUGCUCAAGUGCAACAGCAACGUGCACCUACACCUAUGAUAGUUUCGAGAAUGAUAUCACAAAUAAAGCCUGUAUCUACGACUGUACCUGUAAAAAUGACGCAGGCUAUGUCACAAGCUUCAAAUAACGUUACACAACAAGUCCCAACUGUUACACCGCCUCAAGCUUUACAAUCUCAACCUCUAUUGCCAGUAACUCAAAAAACUAUAGCUACAUCACAACAACCUACACAUAUUAGUCCAGUACAGCCAUCAGUGCCUCAUACAGUGCCCCAUUCUAUGGGUCACCAAUCACAGAUGUCACAGGGUGCAAAUGCACAACAUUCAGUGCCUUUAGUAGAAGUCAAAAAGGAAAUUCUCGAUGAAGUUCUGUCCAGUGGUACACCUACCCAGCUAACCGAUACCAAAGACUUUCUUACUGCCAAAGAGGAGCUUAUGGAUGGUUCUAUGGAUGAUAAAACUGAUCUCAAAAAGUUAAGAAGACGUCAAUAUCAGCAGAAACGUAAACAGAGUCAAGGCAAGGAUGCAUUAACGGUACCUCAAAAGAAACGAUGUAAAAAAGUAUCGCGUUUAGACGAAGAUUAUGACACGUUCAUCGAUAAUUUUAUGAUUCAAUUACGACAACUUCAACCAAUGGCAGUGUUGGAACCUUUAUUAGGAAGCAAUUAUGGUGUUUGUCCUAUUUUUGGAUCAGGGGAUUUGUCCAAAAUUGUAAAUCAGAAGGAUUACAAUACCAGAACUGGAGACCUAGUUGGUCCAUAUGGUUCUGCUAGUUUACCUGGUGUCUCUGAUCACUAUAAUACUCAACCUUUUGGCGAAUUAGAACCAUUACCACCUCAGCAGCCUGUAUCUACACAGAGAGGAUUUUAUGAUCAGGAAUUUCCACCCCUAAAACUAGAUGACGCUGAUGAAAAGAAAGAAAAUUCUUUGGUAACAAAUCGUGAUAUUGAUUCUCCCGAUACAAUAAUAAGUUCGUCAUCUCCAGAAUGUGUGAUACCAGAAUUUGUCCCACACUUCCCAGGAUUAAGAUUAAUCGAAGAAGAAUCAGAUGAAGAAUCUGAUUGGUUGAAAAGAGUAUCACCUGUCAUACCUUUAAUUUCUCCUAUACCAAUUAGACUUAAACCUACUCAUAUAAGAGAUACAACCAAACAAGAUAAAGAAAAUUUAGGAAUUCCAAGGCUUGGAAAAUCUCCACCAACACCAUUGAGAGAGAAUGGAAAUGUUACUGUUACUUUGACUUUAAAUAGUCAAGCUGCAGAUGAUAUAAUGGGUGUACUUAAAGAUUUGGCGAAUAUAUUAAACAUAGCUCCUCCAACUGGUUACCAGAUAGUAGAACGUACCACUACUCCUCCUAGUCAAAAAUUAGGACUUUACAGAACUAAGGGAAAAGAUGGCAAAGAAGGAGCACCAGUUGACAUACAGACUAUUUUAAAUGGUGCUGCCAAAUUCUGUCGUCAUUGCGAUGUUGUGAUAUUAAAUAGCUUAAUAAGAAAAAAAGUAUCAGAUUUACCAUUUUUGAGUAAGGAAGAAGCAGAACCCGGCGACGAAUUAUGUUUUUGUUCAGCAGGAUGUUACAUGCAGUUUGCUUUAAUACAUAGAACACCUACGAGUACCCAAGAAAAAGCUGCGACGAUAGUAGACCAUUUAUGUCCAAAGGCAGAUCCCAAGGAAGAUGAUUUUAAGAAAAUGCAGGAGAAAAAAUUUUCACUCAAGCAAUCUAUAGACCACGUGGAAAGUAUGGAAAUCGAGCCUGAAAAUAAAUCGGAAGUUAGAAUAAAAAUUGAAGAUGAAUUUGAAUUACACGAUAACAGAGAAGAUUUGACAGAGGAAAAACGACCAAAGAAACAUGCUGCUCUCGAAGAACUGUCUAAUGAAAUGAACGAGCCAGCCCCACCUGCAAAAGUAUGGAGAGGUCUUAGAUAUAAGACUUGGACAAUGGGUGCAAUACAACCUCCAACUAAAUAUAAAAAACCUACCGAUAAAGAAAUUACUGACAUGCUUUUCCGCAUGGGUGUGACCGUAGUACCAGCAAAAGCAGAAGACAGCCGUCGAUGCAUUUUUUGCCAAAGUCAAGGAGACGGUACUGCUGAUGGACCAGCUCGAUUACUUAAUUUCGACGUUGACAAAUGGGUGCAUUUAAAUUGUGCAUUGUGGUCGGAUGGUGUAUAUGAAACAGUAAACGGUGCAUUGAUGAACUUAGAUCCUGCUUUACAACGUAGUCUUGUACUUAAUUGUAUCGUUUGCGAAAAACCAGGAGCCACAGUGAAAUGUUUUAAAACGCGUUGUACGAAUUAUUAUCAUCUUGGUUGCGCCGUUAAAGACGGUUGUGUAUUUUAUAAAAACAAAAGCGCCUUCUGCCCGCAGCACGUACAGAAAAAUGAGAAAGAUAACGAAUUAACAACUUUAUCCGUAUUUAGAAGAGUUUAUGUAAAUCGUGACGAAAAUAGACAAGUGGCAGCGGUAAUGCAUCACUCUGAACACAAUCAUCUACUCAGAGUGGGUAGUUUAAUUUUCUUAAGUGUAGGACAAUUGCUUCCACACCAACUUGCUAAUUUCCACACACCUAAUUACAUCUAUCCGGUCGGUUAUAAAAUCGUACGAUUUUAUUGGAGCAUGAGAAGGCCCAAUAAACGUUGCCGAUAUGUCUGUUCUAUCCACGACGUAUCAGGACGACCUGAGUUCAGAGUAUUAGUACAAGAACCAUUGCAAGAAGAUGUUGAAUUACGUGACGCUACUCCACGAGCCGUUUGGAGUCGAAUCCUCGAACCUCUUGCUGAACUACGUAGAUCGACCCACAGUGUCCAAUUAUUUCCACGUUACGUUUCUGGCGAAGAUCUUUUCGGGCUUACGGAACCAGCAGUAGUACGAGUCCUUGAAAGUUUACCUGGCAUUGAGACCCUAACAGAUUAUAGAUUUAAAUAUGGACGCAAUCCUUUAUUAGAAUUACCUUUAGCUAUUAAUCCAACUGGCAGUGCAAGGACCGAAGCUCGAUUAAGAAAUCAACUACCUUGGAAACGACCUCACACUCAGCGUACUGGCUCAUCCGCCCGUGCUAAUUUUGUACCAACUGCUACGGUAGCUGGUGAAGUUGCUUGUCCAUAUUCGAAACAGUUCGUUCAUUCUAAAAGCUCCCAAUAUAAGAAGAUGAAACAGGAGUGGCGAAAUAACGUUUACUUAGCACGUUCCAAAAUUCAAGGUCUUGGUUUAUAUGCUGCACGUGAUCUUGAGAAACAUACAAUGGUCAUCGAAUAUAUAGGAGAAAUUAUACGAACCGAAUUAGCUGAAACUAGAGAAAAGCAAUACGAGGCUAGGAAUCGUGGUAUUUAUAUGUUUCGAUUAGACGAAGAAAGAGUGGUUGAUGCAACUCUUUGUGGUGGACUUGCACGAUAUAUUAAUCAUUCUUGUAAUCCUAAUUGUGUCGCUGAAAUUGUUGAAGUCGAACGUGAUCUCAGAAUAAUAAUAUUUGCAAAGCGAAGAAUCUCACGUGGAGAAGAGCUGGCAUACGAUUAUAAAUUUGACAUCGAAGAUGACCAGCACAAGAUAGCAUGCGCGUGUGGUGCACCUAACUGCCGCAAGUGGAUGAAUUAAAAAGGAUCCACUGUUGUUAUUGUUACUACGUUAUUGGGUAGGUUUUACAUGAAUGAUAAAAAAAUGAUAUAUCUAUAUAUAUAUCUAUAUAUAUUUUAUAUAUAUAUACAUAUAUAUA